AUGAUCAAAGAUCUUGAUUGCGAUACCUUUGAUGCAGAGGAGUGUCUAGCACCGGGGUUCUCCACCCAGUCAGCGGACGCGCAAGCCCGCAGUCCCGUCUUCUCGACUGCUGCCAUAUUUGGGCGGGUUUCCCGCGAAUAUCCUCGUUGUGGCGAUUGUCUCAUCAAGCUUGUUCUUAAUCGGCGUCGCUGCGGUCUCGGGCCCCUCUUACCCCAUUUUGCGAAGAAGCCACACCAACGGGAGGUCAUAGUGAAGGCGCUUAUGAAGUACCAGUACACAAUCGUGCAGCCUGAUGCAGCUUUCCACAUGGUUACAGAUGCACAACAAGCCGAGCACACGCUGCUAAGGCCAUAUAUCAAGCACAACAAAAAGGUGGGGGAAAUGUGUUUGAACGACGAUGUUCUCACACAAGACGAGGGGGAACUGGAAGCCGUGAGAAUGGUGAUGGGCGUGUCUCAUCCAAGUAUCAACCGCUUCGGUUAUCUCCUUGGAUGCUUCCAGUUCUAG